UUUUUAGCACUAGGACCACGCAGCUUGCUGGGAUAGCGCGGAGAGUAGCACCGUCUCUUUGUUCCAAUCUCGAUAUCUAUCCACCGUCCGCUCUCCCUCAUCGCAGUCUCAGUCGCCGCUCCUUUAUUCAAGUACAGUUUCAGACCGGCCUGGAUGAUUGCAAAGAUAGCAAUAUGGCUGUGAACCUCAGCAAAAACAGACUGGCUCUCCUAACAGCCUACCAGGAUGUUAUCAACGAGAAUUCGGCUACCGACUGGGCCCUCUACACAUAUGAAGGCGACAGCAAUGAUCUGACACUGGCAUCUUCGGGAGAUGGGGGCCUGUCGGAGAUUGCCGGAACCUUCGACAACACCUGCGUCAUGUACGGCUUCUGCAGCCUGAAGGAGCCCACCGCUGCCCUUCCCCGCUACAUCCUCAUCAACUGGGUUGGCGAGGAUGUGCCUGAUGCCAGGAAGUGCGCCUGUGCCAGCCACGUGGCGACCAUCGCUGAGUUUUUCCAGGUCAGUGAGGGAGUUGACGUCAUCAUCAAUGCCAGCAGCGCGGAGGACAUCGAGCCCUCCGCCAUCGGGCAGCGGCUGACCAAUGGCACGGUUCCGGUGGCCAGCCCGGUCCUCAGCCGGCUGAGAAUGAGAGACGAGGAGCACGGCGAGAAUGUGGGCACCAGCUACCAGAAGACGAAUGCGGAGAUCGAAAUGAAGAAAAUCAAUAGAGAGGAGUUCUGGGAGCAAGCCAAGCGCGAGGAGGAGAUGCGCAAGGAGGAGGAGCGGAAGAAGGCGGCGGAGGAGCGGCAGAAGUUCGAGGAGGAGCGGAUGGAGCUGGAGCGCAAGGAGCAGGAGGAGAGGGAAAAGAGGUACCGCGAGAGGGAGCAACAGAUCGAGGAGCACAGGAAGAAGCUCCAGGACGAAGAGGAGGCCAGAGAGAGGACGAGAAACCAGACCCUCAUUACAGUGGAGAGCUGUGAAGACAGUGCUCAGGACAAAAGGGAGUCAGAAGUGGAGGAGGCGGCGGCCAUCAUUGCCCAGCGUUCGGAAAACCCGAGGGAUUUCUUCAAGCAGAAGGAGCGUGCCGUGGCCAGCGGAGUGGACAGCUCCCCUGUGCCCACCCAGAGGACUGGCCGCUUGGACAGCCCAUUCUUCAAGCUGCAGCACAGCAGUCCUCCUGAGCCCAGCCUGCCCCCAACUCGCACCCCACCGGUGUCGCCCUCCCAACCCCACGUCCGACAGCAGCCAGGUACACCUGAUGACAUCGCUGAUGGGAUCUCAGGGCGUAACAUGGCAGCUGUUGCCCCCACGCCCAUCCCCAAAAUUGUCACCACACCCAUUCAGGAGGAGGACGACAGCAGGAACGAGUGGGCCCCCGAGUCAGAACAGAGAGCCCCCGUGCAAGAGUCAGCCCAGUCCAAGCCCACCCAGAGCGUGGCCCCCCAGGCCCGGGUGACGAACGCCUCCCCUUCGGACCACCCCUUCCAGCAGGAGGCGGACAGCCAGCUGGACCUGUGGGAGACGUCGGGCCCCCCGGCCGGGACAGCCCCUCUGCAGACGGCCCACCUGGUGGACCUGAUGGGCGACUCCCCUGAGCCCUCCACGGCGGGCGCGGCCCCCGCCCUCCCCCAGCCCCUGCUCAGCUUCGACGAGCUGCCGGAACCCCCCGACGCCUCCGGCCCCCAGAUGACCCUCAGCUACCAGCAUGCCCUGCAACACGCCUCGGGCUCCGGCAGCCAGGACCUGGACGACGGUCAGCUGCUCAUGACCAACGGCGAGAUGCUGCUCAAAGAAGGGACCCAGGCAAGUGAGGGCUACUUCAGCCAAUCACAGGAGGAGGAGUUCGCCCAAUCAGAAGAGUGCUCUGCUAAAGUGACCCCAUCACCAGUGUUCUACAACAAGCCACCAGAGAUUGACAUCACAUGCUGGGACACGGACCCCGUGAUGGAGGACGACGACUAGUGGACAGAGGGAUGGAGGGAGGCGGAACCAACUCCUCUUUCAAGAAACUAAUAAUGUAAUAAUAAGUCUUGCAUUAAAACAAGUUCUGUAAAAUAUAAAAAAAGAGAGGUUAGUCACUGAAAGGAUUUGGGUUAUUGUUAAAGAUGCAGAUGCGUUAAAGCUCCUGAUGGCUUUUUUUUAUUAUUAUUAUAAUUUUUUUUUUUUUUUUUUUUGCUAUGCAGUGUUCAGUAUAGGAGAGGGAGUCUUUCAUAUACAAUGUGCUGGUGUGUUUUAUAGAGCAGACAAAGCUUUCCUGUACCAGGCAGGUACAAGGAACAUCCACUUUUGGUUUGAAUAGUUCAGAUCCCUUUCUGUGAUGCACAUUACUCCCAGAGUCCUUUGCUCCACAGUGGCUUCUUUCAUAGCUUUAGCCUAUCUCCCUCCCCCCAUGAGGCCGACAACACACUUCCCCUCUAUUCUUAGUGUAGGGAUAAAAAUGGAGUGAUGCCUAGUUUAAUCUUGCCUUUGAUGUAGAGUUUUGGCCUGAGGCCUUAAACCCCACUGCUGUUCUUCAAAGUGGGGGGGGGGUUCCAGAGAGUGGGUGGAUAGGGCGCGGUUGCGGUCAAUCAGGGAGGGGAAACGCGGGGCACCUAUGAACGCUUGCCAGUCUCUGUGAAUAAUGCACUAAAAGAAACCCAGAGGAAAUCUGACAAAGAAAGACUCUUUAUAGCAUUGUGCCAAUUCAUCACGAAGUGUGUAAUGUUCUAACAUCCUCAUUCUUACAUUAGCAUACUCGGCGGACAGGGAGACAGACAGUAGUGGGUAGGGAUAUAAAAAAGGAUGUGUAUAUUUUGUCUACCUAUUAAAUUUGUAUAUGAUUCGGUAUAUAGAGGGUCUUUGAACAGUGGUAAUAGUGUUACAAUCAAGUAGUGAACCAAUGAGUAAGACCAGAACUGAUCUUAGCAGAUUUAAACAGGUCCUAGUGGGUCCACACAUUUGAAGUCAUAUUAUGUCUUGUGAUCAGUGAGCAAUUUGUGUCUGCGUUUCAACAAACCACUCAUAGGGACAUGUACCCUCAACCCUCCCAAUGGAAGAGCUCCCCAGAACCAUGAAACUAUGGUUCAUUAACUCAAUAACAACAAAGGUAGAGUUCACAGUUUCAAAUGCCCGGGAGACACAGAUCUGCUAGAUUGUAGUAGACGUGUACAAAAAUAGCAUUUAAUUUCCCUUUUUUCCUUUCCGUGUUAUGAAACCCAUUUUUCUUAGGCACAAGCAUUUUAGCUUCACGUCCUUGCUCCUCAAUAUUUAAUGAAUCAGUAAACUAAGAAAAUAUGAAAGGUGUUCUUAACAAUGAGGAAAGUGUUGGAAAAAAAUGUUUUUCAAGUGUUGAACAGCGAAUUCCCCGUGUCAGUUUGGUUGUCUUCCAUCUUCUGUUUGGUUCAAGGAGGAGGUGUCUCCUGAUGUGUUUACUCCAGUCCUGUAGUGAAAAACCUCAGUAUUCACUCCAAAACCAAGGAAUUUCUACACAGACGAGUUCUGAGCAGACAAACAAGCAAUAAGAAUUAUUCUUGUGGUGUAGCUGUGUAAAUAACCGUGAUUUUACUGACGCUAAUAUGGUAUCGACAAUUAUAAUGCUGAUCCUACUGUUAUAUAUAAAUGUGGCCUGUAUUGCAUAAUCGAGGUGUGGCGUGCGAUUGCGUAGUUUCUUUAAUCAGAGAUGGAGGUUGUGCUGGGAGGCUGUUCUUCCUGUGGGACAGAUUUGUUUUCUUCUGAUAGAGUCACCCAGCCCUUCACAGGAGAGCAUUCUGCAUCUUUAACUGUAACCGAGGACCAUAUGACAUGAUUUCAAUGUAUUCCUCUUCACCCUGAGACUCCACAGUAGUGUCUGUUACGCCCCCUCCCUGUAACACUGCUAGGAGAUUACGACCCCCCCCCGCGCCAAAGCAAGGCUUUUGCGGUUUAUUUUCUGUCUUUCUUUUACUUUUUUUAUCUAUUACCUUUCUAUCUCUUACCUCUCCGUCCGCUUCUCACGCGCUGUUUUUGAAAUAAGCACAAGAUUUUUUGUGACAUGCUAAGUGCUGAUGUAUGUUAAUAAAAGACUUUGAAAAACCCUC